ACUAUCAUGUAGCCAUAUUCACAUUAAAAUACAUUCAUUUCUGUUAACACAAACAUAUUCACUUCAGGAUAAAUAGCCAGUAAUGUUUUCUUUAAAUGGGACGUUUCACAUCGAGUGUCGCUGCAGUUCCACCAGCCACCAGCAGGUGGCUUCAGUCCCACAUGAGAAACCCUACACCCUGCGCUCUUACUACCGGGGAGUGUGGAAUAGACGCGCAUGAAAACACACACACACACACACACACACACACACGCUGUGUAUGCGGAUGCGGAUGUGUGCAGUCAGUGUGUUGGUGUUAGAGCCGCAGGAUGAAACACAUGCCGAGUUACAGGCGCGUGCAGGUGAACAGGUAGAGUAAAGACAGCUGAAGGGUUUCAUUUAAGCGCAGUGAGAUGCGGCGGUGAUUAUUAAGUCGGUGCAUGGCUGCGGUGUGUGUGUGUGUGUGUGUGUGUAGGUGUGUGUGAAUCCAGUCGGUAAAACUGCACACAUGAGCGAUUUUACAGGCGCACCGGGGAGUCGUUUCUGCGCCUCGGACUGGGCGGUGAGUGAUGCGCGCGCGGACGUGAUGGACACACACAGGGACGUGAUGGACACACACAGGGACGUGAUGGACACACACAGGGACAUGCUGUUAGGCCUCGCUGAGGAUGCUGCCUACUCGGACCCGGACUAUCUGGACCCGAACUACACGGGAGACGGAGACGAACCGACGGCGAGGACGCGCCCGCGCCAGCGCCCGAGCACGCGCAGCCGGUCCGGAGAGGUGACGGAGCUCGAGGCGCAGGAAGUGCGCUGGUUCUACAGAGAGGACAAGAGGAACUGGAAGCCCUUUGUGGGACACGACUCUCUGAAGAUCGAGCUGGCUUACCGGACACUGUGCGCGCUCAGGGAUGCGCGUGAGGGCGUGUUUGAGCCGGAGGACAGUGUGUGUGUGUGUGAGUGUGUGUGUGAGUGUGAGUGUGUGUGUAAGGACGCGGGUGUGGACGCGGUGUGUGUGCGCGGAGGACUGUACGAGGUGGAUGUGAAGGAGAAGGAGUGUUAUCCGGUCUACUGGAACCAGCAGGAGCGUAUCCCGGUGAUGAGAGCUCAGUGGUUUACAGACGGGACGUGGCUGCCGCUGGACGAGGAGGACGGAGACCUGAUCGAACUGGAGCAUUUAGCAAAAUUUAGGGGACAUCGACUAGAAGAUUCCCUCGAAACAGAGGGAGUGAGCACAGCGCCGGAGAGCAAGGAGGUGGUGCACAGUGUGAAGUUGAGUCGCAGCCAUGUAGAUUGGCACAGUGUGGAUGAAGUUUAUCUGUACAGCGACGCCACAACAUCCAAAAUCGCUCGCACCGUCACACAGAAACUCGGCUUCUCCAAGGCCUCCAGCAGCGGGACGCGUCUCCAUCGUGGUUAUGUGGAGGAGGCGGCUCUGGAAGACACGCCCCCUGCCGCCACCCACAUUGUGUUUGUGGUGCAUGGGAUUGGUCAGAAAAUGGACCAGGGGCGGAUCAUCAGGAACACCAGCAUGAUGCGUGAUGCUGCGAGGAAAAUGGCGGAGAAACAUUUUUCAGACAGAACGACGGAGCACGUGGAGUUCCUGCCUGUGGAGUGGAGAUCGAAACUCUCUCUGGAUGGAGACACAGUGGACACGAUCACGCCGGAUAAAGUGCGAGGACUGAGAGACAUGUUGAACAGCAGCGCUAUGGACAUCAUGUACUACACCAGUCCACUGUACAGGGACGAGAUAACGCGAGGUCUGACCUCAGAGCUGAAUCGUCUCUACACGCUGUUCUGUUCCCGUAACCCCGAGUUCGAGGAGAAGGGCCGAGUGUCUAUCGUCUCACACUCGCUCGGCUGCGUCAUCACCUACGACAUCAUCACUGGCUGGGACCCCGUCCGCUUACAUCAUCAGGAAGCGCCGGUCGCCGUGGAGACGGACCCUCUGUGGCGCAGCAGCCAUGAACAGAGACUGUUGGAGGAGCUUCAGCUCACACGCAUGAGGUUAAGGGAUUUGGAGGAUCAGUUUCAGAGCCUGAAGUCCUCGAGGAAUUCUCCAGCAUUAAAAUUCAAGGUGGAGAACUUUUUCUGCAUGGGUUCUCCGCUGGCCGUGUUCUUGGCUCUGCGUGGGGUUCGUCCCAGUUCCUGCAGGACUCAGAACCACAUCCUGCCACGCUCCAUCUGUUCCAGACUCUUCAACAUCUUCCACCCCACAGACCCGGUGGCGUACAGACUGGAGCCUCUGAUCCUGAAACACUACAGUAACGUCGCUCCUGUGCAGAUUCACUGGUACAACACCAGCAGCCCCACCCCAUAUGAUGACAUGCGGCCGGUGUUUCUGACCCCUCUGAAGGAGUGUGUGUCUCAAUCAGAGGGCGAAAACACACCGAGUCCCUGUACAUCCCCCCCGCAGCAGCGCAGAAUGGGAGAGUCCAUCACCAACCUGGGGAGGGCUAGCAUCAUGGGAGCGGCGAGCAUCGGUAAAGGUAUUGGUGGAAUCCUGUUUUCCCGUUUCUCCCGAUCGAGUGGACAAGUGGGCGGAGCCGAAGAGGAGCCAAUCAACUCGGAGGUGGGGCCAUAUGAGACAGAGGGUGGGGCUAUCGGGGAGGAGGGUGGAGUCACGGAAACAGAGGACAAGAUGGAGGAGAAGACGGAGAGAGAGAAUGGCAUGUCCCAGUCCACGUCCACCGUCAUGGACAACUCUACACUCUUGGAGCUGGAUCGGCGUAUUGACUUUGAGCUGAGGGAGGGGCUGGUGGAGAGCCGCUAUUGGUCAGCGGUGACAUCACACACAGGCUAUUGGUGCUCGUACGACGUGGCUCUGUUUCUGCUGACGUUCAUGUACGGAGAGGAAACGACGCAUGGAGAAGGGGAAGACACUGCUGAGUCAUAACACACACACACACACACACACACACACACACACACACACACACACACACACAAGGCAUGUGUCGAUGUUACAUUCCCCUUCUUACGUUCAGCUACAGUUUGCUAAACUCACCAGCUAGGAUAAGUCAUCCUUUUAGCUAGUGCACAAGCUGCUACAACACUGUUUACAAUCGGAGCUGUGUUGUAGCUAAGCUAACAAUCUAGCGAGUGAUGAUGAAUAAACAAAUCUGCACGUCGGUUUAACAUUUUAUCCCAGUCUACAAUAUUAUCGCGGUCUUGUAGUUAAGAUGAAUAGCUGCUCCCACUGGCCGUGUUUCAACCAUAAACAAACGUCAACUGUGUUUCAUAUAGAAUUCAGCUUUAAACCUACACUCUCAUACACACACACACACACACACACACACACAUUAACAUGUGGCUAAUGUUUUAUCACAGUGUGAAUUAAAGCUAGAAAACGUACAUUAUUGAUCAGUCUUUCAGUAAAGUUGUGUGUAAAGUUUUCAUGUCCAAACGGAACUAAACAUUCCACCAGAUUUAUAAAAGUUUAUGAAUUUCUUCGUACUUGUGUGAAUGUGCUGAUGAAAAACACCAAUCAGCUGUUUUUUCCAAACAUGUUCAUGAUGAGGCUGAUUUCCAUUUAGCCACGCCCACAAAACACCAUAAAAGGCAAAGAGAGCUCAAAAAAGGCAAAAUGGUGACUAAACAGUGAAAGAGAGCCUCCUGAGCGUGACGUGUAUUAAAUCUUCCACUAAUGCAGCUCAGCCACUGCAGCGCAUCCGCUACCCGAGACACACACGAACCCUUUCAGCUUUUAUAGAGUGCCAUUACUUUUGUCCUCAUUGAAGCGCUAGUCGAAUUUGAAGAUGAUGAAUUGAGGCUCACAUUAGUGAAUCUACUUGUACAGAAACUUAAGCUAAUUUGUAAGACACCAUUUUACAAAAGAUUUGCGUAAAUGCUCCUGGGAACGAGUUACGAAUAAAUGAACUCAUAUACAGAGCGAGACGAUGAAGCCCAGUGUUCCACACAACACGCUCACACGAACACCUUCUGUCGAACAUCAGCGAUCAGGACACGCCCCCUGGCACCAGAUAGCUGAUGGUUUAACGUAGGUGGUGCAUGUAAAGGCACAAUAUCAUUGGCUAAGGCUAACUGCAGUGCUGCGCUGUGAUUGGUCAGUGUGUAUUAAUGGGAAUAUUAAAGCAUGUUUAUGUGUAUUUUCACCCUCGUGUUUAUUUCAUAUUCACCUUCAGAGAAACUUCACAUUCAAUUCACUCUUACAUGAAUGUUACUUAUUUGUGAUUUAUGUAAAUAAAUAUAAAUUUACGUAAAAUAAUUAGAGCUUUAUAUCUGAGUUGUUGAGCUGUAACUUGUUUCUGUAUCAGAGCUGAUCUUUUAAUGUUUACAUUCAACUCUGCUGGGAAGAAAACUGGAACCGUAGUGAAUGUUAACUGUUCAAAAUGUAAAAAAUUGCCAAAUAUAUACGUAUAUACAUGUUCUGUACCUGGUUUCAAGAGUGUUGUUGUUUGUCCUGAUGUCAUAGACACUGUUCAUUGGCUGAAAUCACUCACAUGACCACCUACACUAAAGAUGACAUCACUGGGGUGACCACACCCCCAAAAACCUGAAAUAUAACACACACACACACACAUUAAAAAGACUUGACACUGAUUUCAGCUAAUGACGUGUUUCAAUAAUUAUUUGUUAGUAUGUUUUUUUUCUUGCACACAGAAAGCCUUAUCAGAUUUCUACGUUUAAUUAGAAUUUCUGUAAGUAAACAGAUUGAUGCUGAAGUUUGUUGAAGGAAGUCACUGAUAUGUUCAGCACUCAGUACAUCACUACUGAAAAAAAACGUUCAGUUUGUUGUAUUUUGUUUGUGGUGCAGUGUUUUUUUUUUUAAACAGUUAAUAAUCUGUACAUCUUUAUACACAUUAUACUCUGUGUGUGUGUGUGUGUGUGUGUGUUCUCACACACUCAUUUCUCCUCUGCUUGCUAUCACAUUAACUCAUCUCAGUGUUAUUUUACACUUUUGUGUUUCAUAUACUUUAAAUGUUCUGUAUGUUUUGUGCAUCUAAAAACGUGCUCAUGAUUAAAUUUGUAGCAAAAAUGCAAUAAAACAAGCGAAAAUGUGCCCCGUUUAGACUGUGACAAAUUUAUCUUAAAUUCAUAUUACAAAAACACAAGGAUACUGACUAGCUAAGGUUAGCGAGAUAGAAACAUGGCUAGUUUGAUUUAUAUUAACUUCAAUUUAACAAUAAACUAUUUUUGUUUCAGCA